AUGGGGGACAACCAAUCACGGGUCACAGAAUUCAUCCUGGUUGGAUUCCAGCUCAGUGUGGAGAUGGAAGUGCUCCUCUUCUGGAUCUUCUCCCUGUUAUAUCUCUUCAGCCUGCUGGCAAAUGGCAUGAUCUUGGGGCUCAUCUGUCUGGAUCCCAGACUGCGCACCCCCAUGUACUUCUUCCUCUCACACUUGGCCAUCAUUGACAUAUCCUAUGCUUCCAGCAAUUUGCUCAACAUGCUGGAAAACCUAGUGAAACACAAAAAAACUAUCUCGUUCAUCUCUUGCAUUAUGCAGAUGGCUUUGUAUUUGACUUUUGCUGCUGCAGAGUGCAUGAUUUUGGUGGUGAUGUCCUAUGACAGAUUUGUGGUGAUCUGCCAUCCCCUGCAUUACACUGUCAUCAUGAACUGGAGAGUGUGCACAGUCCUGGCUAUUACUUCCUGGGCAUGUGGAUUUUCCCUGGCCCUCAUAAAUCUAAUUCUCCUUCUAAGGCUGCCCUUCUGUGGGCCCCAGGAGGUGAACCACUUCUUCUGUGAAAUUCUGUCUGUCCUCAAACUGGCCUGUGCAGACACCUGGAUUAAUGAAAUUUUUGUGAACGAGUUCUCACGAAAUCUGAUGGUUUAA